GGGGAGGAGGCGGCGGGAUGGGAGCAGACGCUGGCGUCGCGCGAGCCCGGGGCAGAGCGGCGCGGUAGAGAGGGCGGCGGCGGCGGCGGCGCGCGCGGAGCCUUGACGUGCCUCUUUCUUUCUUCUUCUGUCUCGGGGAAGCCGGGGAGCAUGAUCGCGCAGCUCUGCCGCUGCGGCGGCCGCCCCGGCUCCUCGCCUCCCCCUCCUCUGGUCGCCUCUCGCCGGUGAGAGGAGAGAACGCGAGCCGGGAAGAUGGGGGCCGUGCUGAGGAGCCUCCUGGCCUGCAGUUUCUGCGUGCUCCUGAGAGCGGCCCCUCUGUUGCUUUAUGCUAACAGGCGGGACUUGCGAUUGGUUGAUGCUACAAAUGGCAGAGAGAAUGCUACAAUUGUAGUUGGAGGCCUGGAGGAUGCAGCUGCGGUGGACUUUGUGUUUGGUCAUGGCUUGAUAUACUGGAGUGAUGUCAGCGAAGAAGCCAUUAAACGAACAGAGUUUAACAAAACUGAGAGUGUACAGAAUGUUGUUGUUUCUGGAUUAUUGUCCCCUGAUGGACUGGCAUGUGAUUGGCUUGGAGAAAAAUUAUACUGGACAGAUUCUGAAACCAAUCGGAUUGAAGUUUCUAAUUUAGAUGGAUCUUUACGAAAAGUUUUAUUUUGGCAAGAGUUGGAUCAACCCAGAGCAAUUGCCUUAGAUCCUUCAAGUGGGUUCAUGUACUGGACAGAUUGGGGAGAGGUGCCAAAGAUAGAACGUGCUGGAAUGGAUGGCUCAAGUCGCUUUGUUAUAAUAAACACUGAAAUUUACUGGCCAAAUGGAUUAACUUUGGAUUAUGAGGAACGAAAACUUUAUUGGGCAGAUGCAAAGCUUAAUUUCAUCCACAAAUCAAAUCUGGAUGGAACAAAUCGGCAGGCAGUAGUUAAAGGUUCUCUUCCACAUCCUUUUGCCUUGACGUUAUUUGAGGACACAUUGUACUGGACUGACUGGAAUACACACUCCAUUUUGGCUUGCAACAAGUAUACUGGCGAGGGUCUGCGUGAAAUCCAUUCUAACAUCUUCUCUCCCAUGGAUAUACAUGCCUUCAGCCAACAGAGGCAGCCAAAUGCUACUAAUCCAUGUGGAAUUGAUAAUGGUGGUUGUUCCCAUUUGUGUCUGAUGUCUCCAGUCAAGCCUUUCUAUCAGUGUGCUUGUCCAACUGGGGUCAAACUCCUGGAGAAUGGAAAAACCUGCAAAGAUGGUGCUACAGAAUUACUACUUUUAGCCCGAAGGACAGAUUUGAGACGCAUUUCUUUGGAUACACCAGAUUUCACAGACAUUGUUCUGCAGUUAGAAGAUAUCCGGCAUGCCAUUGCCAUAGAUUACGAUCCUGUGGAUGGCUACAUCUACUGGACCGAUGAUGAAGUGAGGGCCAUACGGCGCUCGUUCAUAGAUGGAUCUGGCAGUCAGUUCGUGGUCACUGCUCAAAUUGCCCAUCCUGAUGGUAUUGCUGUUGACUGGGUUGCACGAAAUCUUUACUGGACAGACACUGGCACUGAUCGAAUAGAAGUGACAAGGCUCAAUGGGACCAUGAGGAAGAUCUUGAUUUCGGAGGACUUGGAGGAGCCCCGGGCUAUUGUGUUAGAUCCCAUGGUUGGGUACAUGUAUUGGACUGACUGGGGAGAAAUACCGAAAAUUGAGCGAGCAGCUCUGGAUGGUUCCGAUCGAGUAGUAUUGGUUAACACUUCUCUUGGUUGGCCAAAUGGUUUAGCCUUGGAUUAUGAUGAGGGCAAAAUCUACUGGGGAGAUGCCAAAACAGACAAAAUUGAGGUUAUGAAUACCGAUGGCACUGGAAGACGAGUACUGGUGGAAGACAAGAUUCCUCACAUAUUUGGAUUCACUCUGUUGGGUGACUACGUUUACUGGACUGACUGGCAACGACGUAGCAUCGAAAGAGUACACAAGCGAAGUGCAGAGAGGGAAAUCAUCAUAGAUCAGCUGCCUGACCUCAUGGGCCUGAAGGCCACGAAUGUUCAUCGAAUCAUUGGAUCGAACCCUUGUGCUGAGGAAAAUGGGGGCUGUAGCCAUCUUUGCCUGUAUAGACCUCAGGGCCUUCGCUGUGCCUGCCCCAUUGGCUUUGAGCUCAUCAGUGACAUGAAGACCUGCAUUGUCCCAGAGGCUUUUCUUUUGUUUUCACGGAGAGCCGAUAUCAGACGGAUUUCUUUGGAAACAAAUAAUAAUAAUGUGGCCAUUCCACUCACUGGCGUCAAAGAAGCUUCUGCUUUGGAUUUUGAUGUGACAGACAAUCGAAUUUACUGGACUGAUAUAUCACUCAAGACCAUCAGCAGAGCCUUCAUGAAUGGCAGUGCACUGGAACAUGUGGUAGAAUUCGGCUUGGACUAUCCAGAAGGCAUGGCUGUGGACUGGCUAGGGAAGAACUUGUACUGGGCAGACACAGGAACAAAUCGAAUUGAGGUGUCAAAGUUGGAUGGGCAACAUCGACAGGUUUUGGUGUGGAAAGAUCUAGAUAGCCCCAGAGCUCUAGCAUUGGACCCUGCUGAAGGAUUUAUGUAUUGGACUGAAUGGGGUGGAAAACCCAAGAUAGACAGAGCUGCUAUGGAUGGAAGUGAACGUACUACAUUAGUUCCCAAUGUGGGGCGGGCAAAUGGCCUAACUAUUGAUUAUGCCAAAAGGAGGCUUUAUUGGACAGACCUGGAUACCAACUUAAUAGAAUCUUCAAAUAUGCUUGGACUCAACCGUGAAGUUAUAGCAGAUGACUUGCCUCAUCCUUUUGGCUUAACUCAAUACCAAGAUUACAUCUACUGGACGGACUGGAGCCGACGCAGCAUUGAGCGUGCCAACAAAACCAGCGGCCAAAACCGCACCAUCAUUCAGGGCCAUUUGGAUUAUGUGAUGGACAUCCUCGUUUUUCACUCCUCUCGGCAGGCGGGGUGGAAUGAAUGUGCUUCCAGCAAUGGGCACUGCUCCCACCUUUGCUUGGCUGUGCCAGUUGGAGGUUUUGUUUGUGGAUGCCCUGCCCACUACUCUCUUAAUGCUGACAACAGAACUUGUAGUGCUCCUACCACCUUCCUGCUCUUCAGUCAAAAGAGUGCCAUCAACCGCAUGGUGAUUGAUGAACAGCAGAGUCCUGACAUCAUCCUUCCUAUCCACAGCCUUCGGAACGUCCGGGCCAUUGACUAUGACCCCCUGGACAAGCAACUCUAUUGGAUUGACUCACGACAAAACAUGAUCCGAAAGGCACAAGAGGAUGGCAGCCAGGGCUUUACAGUGGUUGUGAGCUCAGUUCCGAAUCAGAACCUAGAAAUACAGCCCUAUGAUCUCAGCAUUGAUAUUUAUAGCCGCUACAUCUACUGGACUUGUGAGGCUACCAAUGUCAUUAAUGUAACCAGACUGGAUGGCAGGUCUAUUGGAGUGGUGCUGAAAGGCGAGCAAGACAGACCUCGAGCCAUUGUGGUGAAUCCAGAGAGAGGGUAUAUGUAUUUUACCAAUCUUCAGGAACGGUCUCCCAAAAUUGAACGGGCUGCUUUGGACGGAACAGAACGGGAGGUCCUUUUUUUCAGUGGCUUAAGUAAACCGAUUGCUUUAGCCCUUGAUAGCAGGUUGGGCAAGCUCUUUUGGGCAGACUCAGAUCUCCGGCGAAUUGAAAGCAGUGAUCUCUCAGGUGCCAAUCGGAUAGUAUUAGAAGACUCCAAUAUCUUGCAGCCUGUGGGAUUGACGGUGUUUGAAAACUGGCUCUAUUGGAUUGACAAGCAGCAACAAAUGAUUGAAAAAAUUGACAUGACAGGUCGAGAGGGCAGAACCAAAGUCCAGGCUCGAAUUGCCCAGCUCAGUGACAUUCAUGCAGUCAAGGAACUGAAUCUUCAGGAGUACCGACAGCACCCGUGUGCUCAGGAUAACGGUGGCUGUUCACAUAUCUGUCUUGUAAAAGGGGAUGGUACUACAAGAUGCUCUUGCCCCAUACACCUGGUUCUGCUUCAGGAUGAGCUAUCAUGUGGAGAGCCCCCAACAUGUUCUCCUCAGCAGUUCACUUGUUUCACCGGGGAAAUCGACUGUAUCCCUGUGGCUUGGCGUUGUGAUGGAUUCACCGAAUGUGAAGACCACAGUGACGAGCUCAACUGUCCUGUGUGCUCGGAGUCCCAGUUCCAGUGUGCCAGCGGGCAGUGCAUUGACGGUGCCCUCCGAUGCAAUGGAGAUGCCAACUGCCAGGAUAAGUCCGAUGAGAAGAACUGUGAAGUGCUUUGUUUAAUUGAUCAGUUCCGCUGUGCCAAUGGUCAGUGCAUUGGAAAACACAAGAAAUGUGACCAUAAUGUGGACUGCAGUGACAAAUCAGAUGAGCUGGAUUGUUAUCCCACUGAAGAGCCCGCACCACAGGCCACCAAUACAGUUGGUUCAGUUAUUGGAGUGAUUGUCACCAUUUUUGUGUCUGGAACUAUAUACUUCAUCUGCCAGAGGAUGCUAUGUCCACGAAUGAAGGGGGAUGGGGAAACCAUGACUAAUGACUAUGUAGUACAUGGACCAGCAUCGGUGCCACUUGGCUACGUGCCACACCCAAGUUCUUUGUCAGGAUCUCUUCCAGGAAUGUCUCGAGGUAAAUCGAUGAUCAGCUCCCUCAGCAUCAUGGGGGGAAGUAGUGGACCCCCCUAUGAUCGAGCUCAUGUCACAGGAGCGUCGUCAAGCAGUUCUUCCAGCACCAAAGGCACUUACUUUCCUGCAAUUUUGAACCCCCCUCCAUCCCCAGCCACAGAGCGAUCACAUUAUACCAUGGAAUUUGGUUAUUCUUCCAACAGUCCUUCUACUCAUAGGUCAUACAGCUACAGGCCAUAUAGUUACCGGCACUUUGCACCUCCCACCACACCCUGCAGCACAGAUGUCUGUGACAGUGACUAUGCUCCUAGCCGGAGAAUGACCUCAGUGGCAACAGCCAAGGGCUAUACCAGUGACUUAAACUAUGACUCAGAACCUGUGCCCCCACCUCCCACACCUCGAAGCCAAUACUUGUCGGCAGAGGAGAACUAUGAAAGCUGCCCUCCUUCCCCGUACACAGAGAGGAGCUACUCGCAUCACCUCUACCCGCCGCCGCCCUCGCCCUGCACGGACUCCUCCUGAGGAGGGGCCCUCCUCCUCUGACUGCCUCCACCGCAAACAUGUAAAUACAGUGUGGUUGAGAUCUGGGGGGGAGGGGGCUGUUAGAGAAGGCUGAGGCAGACCUUGUACAGUUAAAAUUAUAAAAUGGGCUAGGGGAUACUGGAGAUAUUUGUACAGAAGAAAAGGAUAUUUAUAUAUUUUCUUAAAACAGCAGAUUUGCUGCUUGUGCCAUAAAAGUUUGUAUAAAAAAUAAAUUUGUACUAAAAAUUUUAUUUUUGCAAACUAAAUACACAAAGCAUGCCUUAAACCCAGUGAAGUGACUGAGUACAAAGGAAACAGGAAUAAUAAAGGCAUCUCUGACCAGGAAUGUCUGGGCUUUAUUGAUACCAAAAAUGAAAAAAAAAGAUGACGACGACAAUUAAGUCCAUCUCAGAGCAGCAAACCAUAGAUACUUGGAAGAAGCCAAAUAGCCUUCAUGUUAACUAACAUUCGAGGGCCAACAAGUGAAGACAUCAUGAAGGGGGGCGGGGGGAUACUAACCUUGGACAAAGGGCUUUGUUUUCUCUCGGAAUCCAACUGAAUUUUUGUGAGGAAAUAGAUAUUUGCAAAAUCCCUUCUGGUGUUGCUGUUGUGAGGUGAGACCAGCUGUCUGGGCAGAUGCUGCAGGGCCACGUGUGUGCAGGUCUUCUGUCCCUGCCAUGGAGCCUGCUCCUCCCCCACAAAGUCGUGCUUUCACUCGGCUGCCUCCCCCAGCAACUUUGUAGGCCAUUUUUGCCAAAAUACCAUGAUGUAUUCCAGCAAUUAAAGAAAUGGAAUUGUCUAAAUCAAAGUUUGAUUUUAAUAUUUCUACUAGCUCCAUUCCCCACUAGGUUUAGCUCUUCAUUGACUGAUGUUUUUGCAUAAUGAUCAAAGAUUAGACAUAUUAUUUCUUUUCUUUACUUCAAGGUCAUUUUAACAUUCAUUAAAAUGUCUCCUUACAACAUAUAGACAGUGUUUAAGAAUUGCAAAUUUAACCAUUAUGUUUUUGUUGUAAAUUAAUCAUAUAUCCUUGCAGUACUUUCAUCAUAUAAUAUCACAAUAUGAAAUCACUUUUAUAUGUUUUUUUGAGUAAAACAUUUAAAUAUGUUCUGGUUAGAGACAAUCUAUUUAAAAAUAAAAUUUUUUGUCAUUAGGGUUUUCCCUAUAUUAACUGUUUGUGCCAUUUUCGUGCUCUUUAGGCCAAUUUUUUCUCAGAAUGAUGUCUACAUAUGUACCUCUUCUGAUGUGUGACAUGAGUUUAAUAUCUUCCUGUUAUCCACUGUGAAUGUAAGGUUGUUUUCAAAUUAUCCACAAAUUAUUCUUAUAAUCAUUAUGUUUUUAUGUGUGUUCCGUCUUAUUCCAUUAUGAACUAAGUAAUUUAACAAUCAUCUGGGGAGUAAAUAAGAAGGCCAACUAUUAACGUCUCAGCUGUCAGAACUUGGGAGCAGGGGAAUAUGGAAGUCUCACUCCGUCUGCCUGACCUGCUGUCAUGUACAGUACUGGGGCUGCCACAUCUUAAGCUUCCAGGGAUGACCCAUGCAGCAAUUCUAGCCUGCUCUGCCUCCUUGCCAGAAGUUAGUCUCUUGCUUUUAACACAUGUCUGGCACUUCUCUGCUAAAACUGAAUGUGUUUUCAAACUGAUGUACUUUGACCUAAACAGGUGCUGGUCAGUUAGUUAUGAAAUGACUUUGGUUUUUGUUUUUAAUACUGUCUUGUCAGGGCCUCUCUGACUUGCAAGAGAAAAUAACAAAAGAAAGGAUUCAGAAUUUUUGGCAGGGAUGAAGUAAUGUUUCAAGCCACUCAAAAAAUAUCUAAAUAAACUUCUUAAAGAAAAAAAUAUGGUUUCAGAAUAAUGCUCAGAUUGUUGUGGACAGCUUAUGAGAAUGAUCAGGUGCACUGAUUUUGCAUAUGACUAAAUGGUCAUCCAUCAGCAUUAACUCUUACUGUUAAUGGAACAAAGUGCUCCCAGUCUAAGAUUGGACACUAAACUUGCAUUCUGUGACACAUGGGAACACUUGAUGUUUAAAUGAAGAUGGAAAGGUUAGCAAUAACUGGGUAUCAAUUAGAAUUUGAGAAUUCUAUAUGUUUACAUUUUUUAACGUGCAUCUUUAUCUGGUGGGCUUCCCAUGUGGAAACUUGCACUAUAAUAAACUAAGAAGAAUAUUGCCUUGUUUUGUCUCAGUCCAAGUGCUUGUACUGCGAUGGCAAUGGCCUCUUCUUGCAAAAUACUAAUUUGUGUGCCAAUUUGUUUGAAAUUAUUUGAAGGCAGUUCAGCUUAAUCUUAGUAUCCUCUUUCUGGGGUAGUUGAGAUGGAUUUUUGGUAUUUCUAAGCAUACUCUUUAAUGAGAGAAUUGUCUAAUUCGGGAAAGUUUCAUUGACCCUCAGGUUACGAUGGACAGUUAAGCUUAAGUAAAUUUUAUUAAGCAAGAGCUUUAAUUGGGAAAACUGAGGAGGAGAAAAAAUAAGAAUACAAAUCAGAAAUUGAAAAAAAGUUUUAAUUUUAGUAUUUUGCUAGGUUCAUUAUCCAAAGGAGGAAAUGGGGGGGGGGGGGGGGGGGGGGAGUCAUUAGAUACUUUUUUUUAAGUUUUUUUUUUUUUUUCUUUAACUUGCCUCUUAAAGUAUGCCCUCUUAGUGAUGUGAUUAAAAUGAUCUGAGGAAUGAAGUUUAGCAUCACAUCCUACACUGGACUUGGUGGUUAUAUAGCCUAAGUUGGUUAAGUGCGAUAAUGGCACUUCUUCUUCCAUGAAAUUUUAUUAUGCCUUGGGUACUUGGUGCCAUUGCUCUAUACUAGCUUACCACAAGAUGUUGUCUGUUUUACCAGACUGCUUAUUUAAGAAAAUUACAUAGUUAAUUUUAAUAUGAAAAUAUUUUGUGCAGUAUCAACAAGAAGAUAACCUUUAAUAAAAUUUGAGAACCACUAUUCUAGAGAGGUGAUAGCUAUUUAUAAUGAAGAUUUUCAUUAAAGUAUAUUUUCAUCUAAUGUGGACCAAUUUGAGAAAAUGUCUUUGGGCAAUAAAUUUUUAAGAUGAUUAGAAUUGUAUUUGUUUCAUCAUGUAAAAAUACCCUAAAGUAAAAACAUUUCAUUUGAGGACAAUUUGAUCUUGAAGAUGUCAAAAAUAACCACCAUCUUUUCUUAGUUAGCAGUCAGUGUUUGGGGAACAUCUUUUUGUUGUGUGUAAAGGCCCAUUCAUGAAGAAUACUUUCCGUAGAGUUAGUAGCUGUAGCCGACCUAGCCUGUUAAUGAAUAAGUUUAUGUAGGCUGAUAACGAGGAGUUUCAAAGAAAAUUAUAAAGAGGCUUGCCUUGAGUAAGUUUGCUUCUUUGUAACAGAUGGGCUACUGCUGCCUUCCUGUCUAUUAUGCCUAGAUUACAUUCUUAGAAAUUACAGCAUUUUAAAUUGAUUUCUUGCAGGGAAAAACUUGCCACUUUACUGAUGUGCAUGCCAUAGGAGCUGCAUAUUGGUUACCUUUACACAUCCAACAAGAUUGAGAAAUGGAAGCAUUGGGCUUUUCACACUCAACAUGUAUGCCAUGCUUUUAGCGCAUGUACAGUGCCUCAGUCUCAAUGUGGCAUCUACAGUUUGUGUGCAGUGUAACAGGAGUGAUGCUCUCAGUGUACACAUGGACUGACUUACUGAAGGAAGUAUAAAUGCAAGUUCAUUUCCAUAUCCCAAGCGUGAAGUCAGCCAAGAGAAGUAAUAGAUGGUCUGAGAAAAUCAACCAGGAUACGUGUAGUUUCUGGCUUUAGGGAUGUCUUAUUCCUAAUAGUCUCAAAUUUAACUUUUGAAUUUCUCACAGUUUUAGAGUAGGGGGAUUUGAACUUUGUAUAAAUUAGACAUUUAUAAUUUUAAAAAAUUAAAUUACAAGCAUUGUGACUCUGGUCCUCAUGAUAUUUCUCUUCCCGCGAUUCCAUGUCUCAUUAGUUAGGCCUGCAUAGAGGGGGAGACAGAGUCUUAGAUCAAUCUUGAUGGCUUGGAAUUAAAUUAAUAACUCGACCCUCAUCCUCCUUCCUUCAGUUGAGGCAAGGGAUUCCUUGUACUUAGAAGUGGUGUGUGAUCUAAUGUAAACUCACCCUGAGAUCUCCCACCGGCAGGCCUGGCACUGUGCCCAACUGGGUCAAGUGGCUGCUCUGGAUGCCAGCAUCCCGAACAGGAGCCAGUUCAAGUCCUGACUGCCCCUGUCCAGCAUCCCGGCUAAUGGGCCUGGGAAGACGAUAAAUGAUGGGAGUGUGCUCCCUCCCUCCCCCUUUCCUUCUCUCCUUCUCCCUCUCCCUCUCUCUUCCUCCCUCUCUCUCUUUGUCUCUAUCUCUAACUCUCUGCUUUUCAAGUAAAUAAAUAAAUCUUUAAAAAAAUUCCCACCAUCACUUAAGGCUUGCCCAAAAGUUAACACCAAAGAAUUACAAACAUGCUUUUGCUUAACUGUCCAUUUUGUUUUUAAUCAUGUUAAAGCAGGAUGGGGGUUGGAGAGAUGUAUAUCUGUGUAGAUAUAGGUCUGUUUAUAACAAUGGAUAAAUAUGGCUAUUAGAACAAAAAGCAGAAAAAAAUGAGUAAAUCCAAUAUUACAUGAAGCUCAGUGUCUGGGUUAAGUUUUCACGUGUGAAGAGGAUACGCAGAAGCUUAAACUGGACUGGCCUUAUUUGCAAGUGAAGGAUCUGGUGCUGCUUUCAGAUGUUUAUCCUUUAUGUUUUAAAAAUUUUUUCUUAAGCUUUAAUCUUCGUCAUUGUCUUAAAGUCAACUGGUGUUUCUUGUCCAUCGACUUGGGUACGACUUGGGUACGAUGUGCUUUGCAAGGAUGUAUUUAUAUUAUAAUGACCAACAUUUGGUCAGCCCUCAUCCGCUUAUUCACUUCCCCCUUUUUGUAAAAUAAGUGCUUUAAUUAUAAACUGUAUAAAAACACCUUGUAUAAAUUCCCUUUUUGAUUAUUACAGUAAGCUGAAUUGUAACAAAUGAAAUGUUGAUUUUUAUAAUAAAACCAUGGAAAAAUAAAA